UCCAGCUUUCUGUUAGUUCAGGAAGAAAAUUAGUUUGUGAAACAGUGCUUUUUCAGUUGAAUUUGUCAGGACCAAAAAUGUUUCUAUGGUGAAUUUAAGCACGUUACGAACUUUGAUAAAUUCUUAUGAUCCUUUUGUUUACAUUCUCAAACUUUCUUCAUCAGCUGAUUUGGAUUGGAGCAACUUUCUCAAAACAAACUGGCUGCGAGAUUAAUGGGCCCUCCUUACGACAUCAUUCCUCUCUUUGCCGUAACAAGUGAAUUGUAUUGGGAGUAUCUAACCAAUAAUUUGAGUGCGGAUUCUUUUAUUGAUAACAGUAACAGUUAUUACUAUAAUUCUACAGAGAGAGAAAGUUCGAAGGAAUGCUACAGGAUGAUAGAGGAUUCCAUUACUCUAGAAGAAAGUCAAUCAAAAGAUAGGGACUCGAAAAAUCAAAAAUUAGAUUCCUUUAGUAACAACAAUGAUAAACUAGAAAAAGCAACUCUUAAAGUCUACCUUAGUAAUGGAAAUUUCAAUAUAGUAAAAUUUGGUGAAACCACUGACGUUAAUGAUAUAAUAAAUGUUGUAACAAAUAAACUCUCUGAUACUCCUCGCCAAUACGUUUCUUUGUUUGGAAUACGGAUUUUAGAUACCAAUUCCAAUGAAGUUCACUGGUUACACACUGAAGUGGGAAUGUUUCAAAUUCUAGAAAAGUAUUCAAAUUUGGCUUCUGAUGACUGGCGGCUUGAACUACGUAUUAGAUUUGUUCCUAAAGAUUUAAGAAAUUUAUUUGAAAAAGAUAAAGUUACAUUUCUUUAUUUAUAUGACCAAAUUAAAAAUGACUAUUUGCAACUGAGUGGGAGUAUUGAUCAAGAGUUGGCUAUACAUUUAUGCUGUAUUGAAAUAAGGAGGUUCUUCAAAGAUAUGACUCAUGUAGCAUUAGAUAAAAAAUCAAAUUUCGAGUUCCUAGAAAAAGACCUUGGGCUACACAAGUUCCUACCCUCAUCUGUGAUUUCUAAUAAUAAGCCCAAAGCUCUUCGUAAACUGAUACAAACUCAAUUUAAAAGAUUUGCAUCUUUGUCAGAAGUAGACUGCAUGUUUUUAUUCCUGGAAAUGGUUCAUCAAGUUAUUAAAUAUGAUAGAGAAAGUUUCAAGUGUGCUUUAGGGACAGGUUGGAGUGUUCCUGUAGAAUUAGUGAUUGGUGCUGAAGUAGGAAUAAGUUUUCUAACAGAUCCAAAUGCGUCACCCACACACAUGGCUAGUUUCCAAAAGGUGCAAAAAAUUUCUACUUUAAUAUCAUCUGAUGUGAAUAGUGGAAAUAAGCAUGUCCUGCAUUUGAAAAUAGAUGGAGCUUCUGAGAUGCUAAGCAUAUCAUGCUCAUCUGCAUCAGUUCUUGAAAAUAUUGCUAGUUUAAUCGAUGGCCAUUGUCAACUAGUACAUGGAACCAAAGUUUCAUUUUGGAGUCAUAGAGGUCACAAGAUUUCAAAAAUGAGAGGAAGUGCUAAAAGUAGUCCAACUCCUAUUAGUCCUCGUAACAAAAAGUCCUUCAAGUUUGGAGAUGAUUAUGCUGAAAUAGUUGAAGAAGAAGGGGACUAUUCAACACCAAUAGUAAAAAACUAUGAAUUGCUAAGGACUGAUGUAUUACUUGGAGAAAUAAUUGGAGAAGGGCAGUUUGGUGAUGUGCACAAAGGUACUUUUGUAUCUAAAGAUAGUCUAACCUUAUUAGUGGCAGUGAAGACUUGUAAAAUUGAAAGUGAGGAAUCUAUGGGAGAAAAGUUCUUAGAAGAAGCAUAUAUAAUGCAACAAUUUGAUCAUCCGCAUAUUAUUAAGCUUGUUGGGAUUUGUUCUGAUUCUCCUAUUUGGAUUGUCAUGGAAUUAGCUAAGCAUGGGGAGAUGCGAGCUUACCUACAGAACAGCAAAAAUCAACUCGAUUUAGCUACUCUUAUAUUGUAUGCUUUUCAACUGAGCACUGCUUUGUCAUAUCUGGAAAGUCGAAAAUUUGUGCAUAGGGACAUUGCUGCUAGAAAUGUUUUAGUUUCUUCACAUGAUUGUGUUAAGCUAGGAGAUUUUGGCUUGUCUCGUUGGGUUGAAGAACAGCACUAUUAUAAAGCAUCUAAGGGAAAAUUACCUAUAAAGUGGAUGGCUCCUGAAUCUAUAAAUUUUCGCCGUUUUACCACUGCAAGUGAUGUAUGGAUGUUUGGUGUUUGCAUCUGGGAGAUUCUUAUGUAUGGUAUAAAACCAUUUCAAGGUGUCAAAAAUAAUGACGUCAUUGGAAAAAUUGAAAAUGGUGAACGAUUACCAUUGCCACCUAAAUGCCCACCUCAUUUAUAUAAUCUGAUGUCUCUUUGCUGGUCAUAUGAGCCAUCUAAAAGACCUAGUUUUAAAGAAAUAAAGCGAGUCUUAGGUGAUAUACUAGAAGAAGAAAGAACUCAACUGGAAGAAGUUAUGCGGAGAGAAAACCGAAGAAUUCAAGCCAUGUCAUGGGGAUCUUCUUGUUCAGACGAACCUCCUCCAAAGCCAGCUCGGUUUCCUGUUGAGAGAAUUAGUACUUCUAGUUCUCCACCUUUUAUGGGAAGCCAUUUAGGACAUUUCUCGUUUUAUAUGCCUCAAGCUUCAGACACUCUGUACAUGGAGUCCACUGAAACAUUAAAUCCAAAUUAUAAAUCAUGGAAGCCCGCAGCCCUUCCAGCUGGGCAUAAACCAGAUCACCGUAUAAAUGAAACUGGUGAAAAAUUAGAGAAAAAAUUCAUGGAAGUCAAACUUCAGGAACAGCAAAGAGAAUCUGAAGAGGACUCCCGAUGGCUUGCAGCUAAUGAAUCGCAAUUCACUCCUUUACCUCAAACAAAAAGUCAACCUUCUUCUGGCCAGCAUUGUAACUCCCAACAAUUUGUGUUCCCAACUGAAUUGGACUCAACUAGUCUUUCAAAUGAUCAAAAUGGUUUUAUGUCAGCAAGUAAAGCUUCUUCAAAUGCUCCUACUGCUGAGUUAGAUCGUACUAAUGAUUCUGUUUACGAGAAUACAACCCAUGUAGUUCGAGCUGUUAUGGGAUUAUCACAAGGUGUACAGCAGGGAAGAAUGGAAGAAUAUCUUAAAUUAGUUAAACAAGUGGGAGUUCAUUUACGUAGCUUGUUAGCCAGUGUCGAUGACAUAAUUGCAAGCUUUCCUUCUUGGUCUCAUAAAGAAAUACAAAUGGCUCACAAAGUAUUAAGUAAGGAUAUGGCAUCUUUAAUUGAAGCUAUGCAACAAGCUCAAAAAUAUUCAAUGACCACUCUAGAUAAUGAUUACCGUAAGGGCAUGCUUUCUGCUGCACAUAUUCUUGCUAUGGAUGCAAAACACUUGCUGGAUGCUGUUGAUUCAGUAAGAAUACGUCUAAAGUAUUCCAAAUCUGAUUUGUUUGGGGAUCAUCACUUCACACCAGCUCAGAAUGAUAAAAACUCUCAGUCAUCUCGUAACUCAAGACCUUUGAGUUGUCUAGCAUUUCCAAGUUCAAGUGGGUCAACUGCCUCUCAUUCUUCUGGUGAAGGAAGCAGAUUAAGGCAAUCUCGUAUUGUUUCUCUUCAAUCCACAGAUGAUUCUGGUUUAUCGCUCUCAUCUAGAGUAUACAAUGAUGAAAGAAAUGACAGUGGUUAUGAUGUAACAUGAAACAAAUGCAAUUUAUAGAUUUAAAUUGGACUGAUUUUUAGUUUAGUAUUAACCCAUUGUACAGUUUCAUUAACCAAAUAGCUGUUGAUAUUCAUUUUUUUAAAAACUAUUUUAAGUUCUUGUUCUCUAUAUAAAUUCAUUUAGUCAUUUCAUUUUUUUUGUUGUUGCGAUUAAACUUUUUCUCUUUAACCUAAUUAACACAUUUUUUUUUCUUCGUGCAGAAUGAAUGACAUUAUCUUAAACUUAAAAGUUUUGUUGAUGCAUUAUUAUGAUUCACUAUUUUAUUCCUUAAGUUUUUUUUAAUCUAAUAAAUACAUAUUGUUGUUCAUGCAUUAGAUUUAUUUAAUUUCUGAUUUAAAACUUGAAUUUUUCACUAACUGAGUAGGAUAUUACAAAUGUAAUGAUUCCUGAUCUUAAUUCAGACUGUAUAGAUGGAUUUUAUAGUUUGAUAAUUAAAGUUUAGUUUUAGAUCACUAUUAAUAUUAUUCAUUGAUGACUCAAGUGAUAUUUUUAUUGAACUUUUGACAGGCUCAAUUCAACAUUUAAAAGCGUUCUUGUUUUUUAAAAAAAAUUCCAGGUUAUAAUGAAAUUAAACUUUCAUUGAAUAUUAACUACCUAAUUUUAAUGUAUACCUUUCCAUUACAUUUUUAACUUGGUCAUAUGUACAAAAUACAUCAUAUGCAUUGGAAUUAUAUAACUUAGAAAACUUAUUUUGUCAUAUGUACAUAACAUAACAGUUAAAUGAGAAAUGUUUAAUGUUUUUUUUUUACCUAGACUUUGUUUUAACAAAUUGAAAGUAUCUUUCUAAAUAGAUUUUUUUUUGUCAAAAUAAAUCAUUAUUUCUGUUACACUUUUUAGUUUUAUUCCUUGAAGAUUAAUUUUUUGAAAAGUUUACAUAAAUUUUUAUGAACCCUUUUUUUGUAAGUUAUGGUUCUGUAUUUAGAUCUCUUGAAUUUUAUUAAAUAUAUACAUCUGUUUUUAAUGAAUGUCUUCCCUAAAUAUCUUAUUGACUUAUAAUAAACAGAUUAAAAAAGUAAUUAUUGCUUAUAAAGAUUGUAUUCAAUAACCUUUGCUCAAACAAUGACAAUUAUAUUAAGUCAUUAAGAAUUCAGCAGAAAAAGAUGAUUGCAAAUUUUUUUUCUCAAUUAGUUUGUGAGUGUGGCUGUAUAUUUGUCAAAGUAUGUUAAUAAUAGUAAUAACUAUUAAUGCACAAUAAGUUUAAUGUAACAAUGAUUCAUUUUUUACUUUGUGAAAAUUAAUCGAAUAUGUUGCAAUUUUUUUAGAAAGUAUUAGCUUUUACUUUAGUACUUUUAAUUUAUGCUGAAUUGUUUUACAUAGCUUAAUAUCCUAGUGGGUUGCUUACACUACUGGCCACACAGACAUAGAAUAUAUGUAAAAUAAACAUUAAGUAAUAUGAAUAAUUUAUUUUGGAACAAUUAUCUCUAAUUAAGAAUAAAAAGAAACUGAGAAAAAAUAUUUUCCUUAAGAAUCUUUCUUAAUAAGGUACUUUCUUCCAAAUAAAUAAACUAACAGUAUUUAUAAAAAUAAUUAUAUUCUUUUAACUGAAGGUGAAAUACUUUGCUUCAAAUAUAAAAAAUACUUCUUAGACAAGGAUUCCAAAAACCUAUACAAUUCCUUAAAAUGACAAAUCACUAUGGGGAAUGAUUUUUAGGUAUGUAACUCUUCAUUGUCAAAAAUUGGAAAUUUUCUCGAUGAAAAUAAAAUUAAAAAAAAAUCAUGAUUAUCUUGUUUAUCAGGGAAAUUGUAAACAUCUUAAAGCAAAAAAACCCAUUAGGAACAUUGUAAAGAAUAGGAGAGUAUCGUCGAAUCAACUUUUGUAAAAAUCUUUGAUACUUUACAAACUUUUGAUGCAUAAUUUUGUAUUCUGAUUUUAAACAUUUUGGACGCUUAGGUACUUAUAAUUUGUGAUAUAAAUAAAUUGGUCUUUACGUAUUGUAAAGAUCAAUUUUUAUAUUUCUUAAAACUUUUGUGCAAUGUACUGAACAAAUAUCUCCUCAUAUUUACUGUUGAAUAUAUUUAGAAGAAACAAAAUUAUAGUAACUAUUAAAAAAUUCCCCUACUCUUACUGGGUAAGUUCUUUGGUAUGUCUAUUAAAAUUAACUUAAAUUUUCCAUUCAUGGUGCAGCAGUUUUUUAGUGCCUGAUUGUAAUAUAUUUUUGUUAUUAAUAACUCAAUAGAAAUAUAAAAAUGUACGUAUUAUAUUUAAAAUAUAAUCUGUGGUGUUUAUAUUAUUAAGGUUUAGUUUGCAUAGAAAGUCUAACCAAAAAUAAGCCUAACAUAAAAUUUUAUAAUUAAUUUGCUUAAAUAUUAGUUUGCACUAAUCAAUUAUAAUAUAGCCAAGACUGGUUCUAGCACUUUCGAUUUCUAUUUAACUAAAAAUUUUUGAGCAUAAUUCGGCUUAUUUACUUUAUUUUCAUGUAGGAAGAAAUAUCCGACUUAGUCCCUGUUUAACAAUUUCAUUACAGAAAAGGUAAUUGAUGUACUAUUAAAGUUGUUUUUAAAUACAAAAUGAGAGCAUCUUUUGUUGAAUCAUUUUUUCAUGCCUAGAAGGCUCUAUUUUGUUGAAAACUAUAUAUAAAUAUUUUUUAAUGUAGCAUUUGUAUGCUAUUCAUCUUGAAUCAAAACUUUAAAUAAAGUAAUUAACAAUAGUUUUAAGUGCAGUUUUUCAUUUUUUGGAAAUAAAAAGCACAAACUUAUAAUUUUUAAAAUGUUUUGUUUUCUAAAAACAAAGGCCAAAACUUAAAAGCUCAACUCAAAUGAUUUAAGAUAAUCUUUCUCAAAACAUAAAAUUUCAUAUUAAUGUGUUUUUGUGAUACGUAACUCCAUAAAAAUUUGAAUUAUUUAAAUGCAUAGUUUAAUGUGCUAUACAUAUUACAUUUUUGUUAUGAAUAUGGCCAAUAUUGGUAAGUUCAAAGACUGAUUCUUUUUUCAAAUGAAUGUCAGGUGAAGGCAAAGCCAAAAGUUGCUACAUGACCUUUGGUACCUGUGAAAAAAUCCUUUAAAAUUUUCUUAAAUAGUCAUUAAAUUAUGUAUAAUUCUAAAUUUCAUCAAGAGAAGAAUUUUAAUAUUUAUUUAAGUCCUUGUGAGCCAUUUUUAACAAGGCAUUGGUUUAAAGUAGCCAUUGGGCCAUUAAUAUAUAUAUUCUUCUUUAGCAAUGGAACUGAAUUUUUCUAAGUUUAUUUCUUUUGUUUGAAAGUAGGUUGAUACGAAUAAGUUCAAAUUCAAGCCUUUGUCUCAUCUCUAUUGGAUCUUAUCUCUAUCUUAGGAUUUUAUUAUCUCUAUCUUAGUGGAAAUGUUUGACAGCCUUGAUGUAUAAAAUGCUUUGUCUUUUGUACAAUAAGCACAUAGAUUAAGGAAUAUUAAAGAUAAUUAUUUUUACAUUGAUUGGAAAUUUUGAAAUUGUUUUACUUUUUUAAUUAUGUAAAUAUUAAAAAACGCGUGUUAAACUUAGAAAACUUGAAUUAUUGACAGAUAUAUUUAAAAUUGAGGAGCCAUAACUCAAAAACUUCAACUGGCAAAUUUGAAUUUUACAUUAUUGUAAAUAUUAUAAGACUUUCAAAAUCAUUUUAAUACCUGAUCAUAAGAUGUUAUAGAAUGAUUGGGGAUGUAAUUUGAGCUAGAAUUUUAUAAAUAUAUUCUUUUCAAAGAAAUAUUAAUGUGUAAAGUUGCUUUCUUUCUAAAGAGCUUCAAUAAUUACAUGAUCUUUUAAAUGCCAAAGAUUAAAAGUGUGUUCAUGUUAAUGAAGUAUUAUGAAGAUAAAGUGUUUUUAAUAUUUUAAAGGAAAAAAAAUAUUUUACUAUUUUUAUCUAAAAACUGAAAAUAAUUUGUAAUGGAAUUUUAUUAAAUUACAUAGUUUUUUAUUAUAGAUUAAGAAUAUGAAUGUUAUUUAUUCUGUAUAUUAUUAGAAAUUAAAAUGUAUAUAAAAUAUUUUAUUCUCAUGGUACUUUUAUGCCAAACAAAUUUGAAAGCAGUUAUUUUGUAAUGUGGUAAUAGACUUUAUAAGAGCUCAAUAGAUAGUUUUUUUUUUGAAAACUUUAGUGGUGUAUUGAAAAGAAAAUUUUUUUUUGGACCUUUUUGCAAACCUUGUAAUAGCAAUUAUUUUUUUACUUUUCCUAAACAUUACAUGAAAGAUAUGAUGGUUUGUUGUUAAAUGCCUCAUUUUAUAGAUAUAAAGAGUAAAAUUUGUACCUUUUUUUUAAAGAUUAUCUAAAAUAGUUUAGCUUUUUCUUAAAUAUUUUAGCCUUUAAAAAUUACAAUUUAUACUUUAUAUUUAUAGUAGUAUUUUAUUCAUGCUACAUUGAGAUGAAGUUAGAUUGAAAACAUAACAUAUUUUUUUCUAGCUUCAAAUCAGCCUUCAAUAUUCUUUUCUUAAUUAUUGUUAUAAAAUAAUGAUUGUUUUAGUUUACUUUAAUUAAAGUGAUUCUCUAGAAAUUCACAUCUGUGAAUCAGUAUAAUUUUUCCUUGCUAAGUAUUCAUAUUAAAUGUGAAUUGUUUUUGUUCAAAUAAUUUAAUAAAACAUGUUUAGUUUUCUUUUAAAAGCUUAAUAAUUAAAUUUUCUCAAAGUAGUUUUUGAACUUGUUUUUGCCAUACUUAGUGUUUUAUUGUAUUUUGUAAAUUAAAACGCAAGUUGUGUAAUUUUUAAACUCAAUGUAUUUUUACAUCAUAAAUUUCAGUUUUCAGUUACAAUGGGAGAUAUCUUUGCUGUGAUAAUUGUUGUGUGGGUAAAUUUUCCUUCUUAAUGCCUGCUGAGUAUUUGUUGUAUCCAUUCAAAAUGUUAUCAAAUUCUAGUCUGAUCGUGUUUCCUUUGGCAAAUGCUAGUAGUAUAUAUAUAUUUGACAAGAAUGCAAUGGUUUGUACAAUGUUUCUUAGUGUUUUUUUUUAAUUAAAAUUUUUGUAACAAUUUAUUACAAAAAAGCCUUUUACCAUUUGAAAUGGACAUUAAUGUAUUUGCAAUAGCUCUAAAAUUUAAUAAAUAUUUAUUAUUUAAA